GUUUGAGACGUUUCAACGAUCGUGCGCGACUCAUCUUUAGCCUUUUGGAGAGUUGAUCUUGACAGGAACCAGUGAAACGGCAAAAGCAAACAAGUGUAAUUUGAACGACAUGAAGUUGCUCAUAGUGUGUGUCCUCAUAGCCGGAGCAUCGGCAGCAUACUCCGGAACAGGUGUUUAUAAUAGCGUGUCUCCCGGUGGUGCCUAUGCUGACAAAUUCCCUCACGGCGGUACAGGUUACAAUGGCGGCUACACGACACACUACGUCAGUCCCAACGGUGGUGGUGUAGCGGUCGGUGCCGGAACCGCUAACUUUGCUCCCGGUUUCGGGGGCCCCUUCGGAGCUCCCGGUUUCGGGCCAGGGUUCGUCGGAGCACCGACGGUGGACUUCAACAGCUUCUUCCAGGGCAUCCAGGCCAACUUCGCCAACUCCAUGACGCAAUCCAGCUCCGGACCGGGAGCUACAGCAUCGGCAUCGGCUUCGCUUUUGGGAUCCGCUUGGCGGAAACCGAGCCAACAUCAGAUCAAUCUGUACCAGCAGCAGUUCGCCGCCCAGCAAGCUCUGUUCAACAGCAUUCGUCAGCAGCAGGCCGCUUUGUCCUCGCUGAAUGCUGGUGUUCCGGUAUACGCAUCAAACUUUGCCGCCGGUGGUAACUACGGCGGUCCAGGCUUCGGAGGACCCAACAUAGCCAGCUCGUCUGCCUCGUUCGGCCCGGGAGGAUUCCAUCAGACGGCCGCGAUCCACCCGAACAAUCCGGGCGUACCCAAUGUUGAUACCCGUUUCGGUGGCACGGAAGAGUCAACCGGCUUCCAGAAUGGCAAACCAGGAUUCGUUGGAGUCUCCAGCUUCACGUCCUCCUCAAACAUCAAUGGGCAGACGCACCGCGAAGCGAUAACGUCGGUGAACGAUAAUGGCAAAGUAACAACCCAUCGAGUCCAUUCCUAAAUGCGUCACCGUUGUCGAAGCAUCGAAGAUGGUCCACACCAACAGGGGCAACAACCCUCACACAUACACACUCCAACAAACUCCACAGUGAAAUUUACCAGCAUGAAAUUAGUUGACCAGCAUUUGAAAUAAUAAUUGUUACCUUUGCGAUCUGCAUUUGCGUAAUAGAUCCUACAAUGUUACGAAGUUUGCUCGUUUAGAACGGCGACAAUAGGAUGACUGAAGAGACUGACCAGACCAGACCAGACUAAACAGAAAAGAACGGGCUUCUAGCGACUCUAUUUCGCAAGACUUCGCAGUGUACUUGUAAUCCACUAACGUUAAUCUCCUGCACGAGCAUUUCAUGUUUCGCAUUUUGAUAUUUUUAACAACCCUUAAGACAUUGUAUGAUAAUACCACCUCUGGAAAACAUGGGUGCUCUAGUGAUCAACAAUAAAAUCAUGAGAUAUCACUUCGGAACAAA